AGCGCCGACCGGACCGGGCUGACCCCGCUGUUCCACCGGCUGCGGCUCAAGGAUGGUGACUGUGCCACCCCAGUGUCCCGUGCCCGGGGCUCCCGCAGCAGCGUUACCACGGUGCCUUGCACCCCAGGACCUCCACGAAGUGCUACCUCGGUCCCCCCCAGCAGCACCACCCCAAUGCCUUGCACCCCUGGGCCCCACAACAGCACCGUUUUGGAGUCCUCCCAGACUUCUACCCUGGGCCCCCGCACAUCAGAGAUCCCCAGGACUCCCAUCCUUAAGCCUGGUGCCUCUGAGGCCCCCAGCAACCCCACCGUAAUGCCUGGUGCCUUGGAGCCCCCCAUCAGCACCAGCCCAGAGGCCCCUGGCAGUCCUAUUCCAGAGGCUGGCACCUCAAGGCACCCUGACAAUGCUGUGCCAGCACCUUUGUGCAGCCUGGUCUUGAGGCUCAGCAACACGGAGCCCCCCAGCAUCACCGUGCCAGCUUCCCUGUGCAGUUCCAUCCCAGUUCCCAGCACCCCAAAGUCCUCUGGAAACACUGUGCCAGCUUCCCUGAGCAGCUCCAUCCCAGUUCCCAGCACCCCAAAGUUCUCUGGAAACACUGUGCCAGCUUCCCUGAGCAGCUCCAUCCCUGUGCCCAGCACCCUGGAGUCCCCUGGAAACACUGUGCCAGCUCCCUUGUGCAGCUCCGUCCCUGUGGCCAGCACACCAGAGUCCUCUGGAAACACUGUGCCAGCUUCCCUGUGCAGCUCCAUCCCUGUGGCCAGCACACCAGAGUCCUCUGGAAACACUGUGCCAGCCCCGCUGUGCAGCUCCAUCCCUGUGGCCAGCACCCCUAAGUCCCCUGGCAGUGCCAUGAAAGCUCCCCUGUGCAGCUCCUUCAUAGGACCCUGCACCCCAGGGCCUCCCGGCACCAGCUUCACCCCACAGAAAGCUUCUUUCCAUGGGUGGCAAGUGGCACCCCCAGACUUUUCCUGCAGCUCUGUGGCCUCCGAGUCCCUAUCUGGAGAUAGGAGUGUUGGUCCUCUGCCUUGCCAAGGCACCCCUGAGGGAGCUCAGUCCCCUGUCCCCCCAGAGCAGAGCCCACCUGGACUCGCUUCCAUUGGGGCAAGUAUGUUGGAGCCUGCUGGGUCAGAAGCAACCAUUGCCCCUGUCACCUCUCCUGAGUCAGCCCUGGGUGCUGUGUCCUGGAUGUUACCGCUGGUGUGGCUGGAGAAGACCCUUAAUGUCCCAUCCCUGAUGGAAUCCCUGCAGCACAGCCUGCCCCUCCACAUGCCACAGCAAGAUGCCAACUGCAGUGUCACCCCAGUGGCCACUGCGGUCACUGGCACCAGCAUGAGCCCAGUGGCCACUGCCGUCACUGGCACCAGCAUGAGCCCAGUGGCCACUGUGGUCAUUGGCACCGGCAUGACCCCAGUGUCCAGCGUGGUGGCUGGCACCAGCACGACCCCAGUGGCCACCACCAUCACUGGCACCCGCACGAGCCCAGUGGCCACUGCGGUCACUGGCACCAGCAUGACCCCAGUGUCCAGUGUGGUGGCUGGCACCAGCGUGACCCCUGUGGUCAGCGUGGCGACCAGCACCAGCAUGACCCCAGUGGCCACCACGGUCACUGGCACCAGCAUGACCCCAGUGUCCAGCGUGGCGGCCGGCACCAGCAUGACCCCAGUGGCCACCAUGGUCACUGGCACCAGCAUGACUCCAGUGUCCAGUGUGGCGGCCGGCACCAGCAUGACCCCAGUGCCCAGUGGGGUUGCUGGCACUUUUGUGGCCAUCCAGGACCUGUGGGAAAGGAGUGUAAACACAUCUGGGGGAGGCCUGCCCUGUGCCAAGGACAGUGCUACUGAAACGGACUCCUUGCUCUGGCACUGUCCCCGGGAGCAGCUGAAGACUCUGCCACGGGCAGAGCUGGAGGGGCGGCUGGAGAGCACCCUCAUCAUCAUGGAAGCCCUGGCGCUCCAGCUGCGUGACUGGCUGGGGAGCCAGCGGCUGCUGCCUGGCGUGGGGCCGGCUGAGCAGAGGGACAUGAUCACACAGACGGACAUCACCUGCCCUGAAGGGGAGGAGGAGAUUUACCACCACCUUUACCUCGAGCAACGGAAGAAAACAGCGGCCCUGCAGCGGCAGCAGGAAGCGGAGCAGGAUCUGCAGCAGGAGCUGGAGCUGGCUACCAAGAACAUAAGUGCCUGGAGCAGCCAGUGUCUCCUGUUCCGGGGCGUUGCGGAUGCCGCCUUUCAGAGACUGAAGGAUGAGAAGGGAGCCCUUGCACAGGAGCGGGAGCAAGUGAGGGCCCUGGUGUCCCGGUGCCAGGCCAUGCUGGAAAGAGUGCCCAGCAAACUGCGGAGCUGCCUGGAGGAGCGGGAUGCCAUGAGGCAGCGAGCAGAUGAAGCCCUACGAGCAAAGGAGGAGGGAUAUUGUUUCCUGGAGGCCUUCCGUGCCCAUGCUAGCGCCCAGAUCAGUGCCCGUGACCAGAGCUUGUUCUCCCAGAGGGAGCUGUGCACGCUGCUGGCAGAGGCCACCGACCUGCAGAAAUCCCUGUCUGCUGAGACUCAGACUUUCCGGGAAAUCAUUGAUGUCACCUUUCAAAAUCUACAGAAGGAAAGGAAAGCCAUGCAUGUGGAGCGGGAGCAGGUGAGGGCCCUGAUGUCCCGGUGCAAGGCUGUGCUGGAGCGUGUGCCCAGCAAGCUGCGGAGCUGCCUGGAGGAGCGGGAUGCCAAGAGGAAGCAAGCAGACGAAGCUCUUCAAGCCAGGGAGGAGGUGUCCUGCCAGCUGCAGGAGACCUCGGUGGCCCUGCAGGACGUGGAGGCUCAGCUGGAGCAGCUGACAGAGGCCAACUCACGCCUUGCAACAGACCUGAGCACCGUGAUGAGAAAUCUGGCCAGUGCGGAACAGGAGCGGGAUGCGCUGCAGCAGAACAACAAGCAGCAGCAGGAGCAGAUGGAUGAGCUGGCACAGGAGAACAGGACCCUGAAGGGGAGGUGUGAUGAGCUGUGCCAGGAGCUGCUGGAGGCCACCGAGUGCCGAGAGUUCCUCGAUCAGGAGAACAGAAUGUCCCGCAUGCAGCUGCUAGAGGUGGAGGCCAGGCUGAACUCCACACAGGCCACUCUGCAGGAGCGCACCCUGCAGCACGAGAAGCUGAUGGAUUCCCACCAACGCCUGCGGGAAGAGCACGCUGCCCUCAGCAAGGAGCUAGAGAGCACCAAGGCCGAGCUCCUCAGUGUGCAGAUGAAGAGGAGCAAAGUUUCCUGGUGCUCCAAGGACAUUGCCGAGUGCCACACGCGGCUGCAGGAGCUCGCUGACUGCCUCAAGACCGUUCUAGAAGAGCAGGAUAACGAUGAUGCCCCAUCGAGAAGCAAAGCCUGGACCCCAUCACAGCAGGCCACAGGCUGGCAGACACCCCGCCGUGCCUGGACCCCUGGGUUCCGCGUGCCCGCGCACCGCACCCCACACUGCGCCGGCAGCUCCUUCGUGGGCAGCGUCCUGAAAGCCGUGUCAGGGAAAGAUGCCAGUGAAGCCACCAGAGGCGAGACUGCUGUUAGCAGGGACAAACUUACAUCCACACCGAAGGCAAAAGAUCCCGAGGAGAGUCUGCUGGAGAGCGUCAAAGAGCUGAGAGCUCUGGUCUCCAACCUCUCCAUGCUGAGCUUCCGCAUCCAAGAGCUGGAGCAGAGCGAGUUCAAGGCACUGCAGAUGGAAAUUUCUGACUUGCAGCUCCGUCUGGAGACGGUGACAGAGAAGAGCCAGGAGAAGAUGGAUGCCCAGGCUGCCACCAUUGCCAAGCUGAACAAGGCACUGAGGACCAAGAUCGAGAAUGAGAAGGAGCUGCAGGACGUGGUGAAACAGCAGGAAGAGAAGAUGUUGCAACUCAUCGACAAGAGUGGGGAAGUCACGAUGCUGAAGGAAGAGGUCUCCCAGCUGAAGCGCUCGCUCCAGCGUGCAGAGACAGAGGCCAAGGUGCUGUGGGAGGAGAUGCGGGGGAAGGAACCCAAGGUUGACACGGCCCAUGUCCAGGACCGGGUCCUGCUGCGGCAGGAGGUGGAUAAACUGCGGCUGCUGCUCCUGGAAAAACGGGAUGAGAAGCGUCUGCUCUAUGACAAGUACCUGGAGCAGGAGGUGAGGCUCCAUCAUGCCCAGAAAGAGCUGAGGACCCAUGAGGAGAUGAAGGAGAAGAUAAAAGAGGUCCUGUCAGCCAUCCCUGAGGUGGCAGUGGUCUGCCAGGAGUUCCCCAGCCUGCUGUGGUACCUGGGCCUGAAGCCAGCCAGCAAGGAAGCUGAUGAGUCCCCACUAUAGCCCAUAGCCUAAAACCUUU